AUGGCUCAGCAGUUAAAGAAAGACACUUGCGAGGUGAGGGACGGAACGCUGGCCCGGGUGCUCAUUGUCUCCUCCACGUUCAGGGGACUGACUCUGCCACAACUGGCUUUUGCCAGCAUCCUUGGAAUCGUGGGAGGAAUAUAUAUUUAUCAGCUCAUAUUUGAACAGUAUUCCAGAGACCAAAAGGAAUUGAAACAAAAGGAGAAACUGGCCAGAGACUUUGGAGAGAAGGGAAGCUCAGGUGGCCGGGCAAAUGGGGCUGCUUAAUGGACCGCUGGAUUGGACACUGACUGAGCUAGUGAAAUGGGUGCAUUUUAAACAAA